UCCCCACGAAAACCUCCCCACUUUUUCUUCAUUUUCACUCCAUUAAUCUACUUUGUGACACUUAUUCACUCUCGUUCUCCACUUGCUAAUCUUCAUACUUCUAUUAACCUCUAUAUAUUUUACAAUCCAAGUGGACCUACAAUUAUAAUUCUUGUAGUAUCCAAGCAAUAGUACUGAUAUAUCAUAAUUCAUAGCAUGAAGCUUAAUGGGAGAAAACAGAGUGGUGCAGCUGCAGGAGGUUUAUCAGCAGCAGCACAAGUAUCACCAUGCGCAGCCUGCAAGCUUCUUCGGAGAAAAUGUGCAGCUGGGGACUGUGUAUUUGCUCCACACUUUCCCCCGGAUGAUCCUUCGAAAUUUGCCAAUGUUCAUAAGGUCUUUGGUGCUAGUAAUGUCAACAAAAUGUUACAGGAGGUGCCUGAGCAUCAAAGAGGAGACGCAGUGAGUAGCAUGGUGUACGAAGCAAAUGCCAGGGUCCGAGACCCAGUUUACGGCUGUGUUGGGGCCAUUUCAUGUCUACAACAACAAAUUGACACAUUACAGACUCAGUUAGCCAUAGCUCAGGCACAAGUAUUGCACCUCCGUGUUCAUGUAGCGGCUACAGCAGGUCAAGCCCUUUGCGCAUCAACUUGUGGAUCACCUAUGACAUCAAAGAUAACAAUGAGCAACCAGACCAAACCUAAUUCUAACAUGAGUAUGGUUGUAGACCAGGGCAGCCUCGGAGAUUUCACUUGGUCAUGUUAAUUUUUAACUAGCUAACUAGAUAAACUUUAUUAUGAAUCUGUAAUCAAACCCACUGGCCACUGUGACUACAUUGGACUAAGAGGUGUUUUAGUUAUCAACAAUACUUGUCAUCAUUGUAUGUUAUUGUAAUAUAUUAUUAGUUGGUACUUAUGUA